CAUCUCGUGGUCAAACAUGGCGCCAAAAAAUCGUCCACACGUUGAAAGAUCGAGAAAUGUUUUAUCACCGUUAUAUAGCGUUUAAGUAAAUUGUACGUUAUCGUAAUAGAAUGGUGCUACAUUGAAAUUUUUAAUGAAUAAGAGUAAAUGGAAAGGCACAGAUGUUUUGAAACUGAAAACACUGUGUGUACUUGAAUUGAUGAAUAUUUAUUAUCAAUGUAUUUUACUUCAAAAGAUAAUUUCAUAAAUCAUCGAAUGAUUGGUUGAAUAAGAAUGUAAAGAAAACUCUUUCCACUUUGAACUCUCUAGAGAGAAUAUUUUUAUUGCUUAAGUAGAAAAUGGCAUCUACAUCUGCUUCAAAAGGAAGAAAUCAGUAUUUUGAUUCCAAAGGUUCUACUGGAAAGAAACGGCGACAUUGCCAUAGUGGAAGUGAAGAUAAUGAUGGAAAAGGAACACCUUUGUCCAAGAAAUAUUGUGGUGAUCUUCCACUGUCUAAAAUCUACAAUAGCUCUUUCAAGAGCAAUAAACCAGCGGAGUUAUUUCGUAAGGAUCUUAUUAGUGCAAUGAAAUUGCCUGAUACAGAACAACUUAAUCCUGAAGAGUAUUGGAUAAUUACGGAUUCAUGGAAACAAGAAUGGGAGAAAGGUGUACAAGUUCCAGUUAAUCCUGAUGCUCUGGCUGAACCAACUGUCAGGAUAAUAAAUGAAAAGAAAAAGUCUGAUUUUAGAUUACCAAAGAAAUUCAUUAAAUGUACUCAGGACAAAAAUUUUAUACCAGAUAUUCAUGUUUUAAGCAAUGCUACUUUUCUUGUUGACAAAGUUUGCUCCUAUGAUUUGGAUGUUGUUGACAUUGAGUGGUUGAACAUAAUGAAUGAAGAAUUAAAAAUUAUUGGCCUUUCUCCAUUAGAAGAAUUAACUAUGGAAGUAAUUAUAGAAGAAAUUGAAACUCAGUGUUAUGAUAAUCUUCAAGAAGUCAUUAAAACCGAAGAAGGUCUGGGGAUUGAAUAUGAUGAUGAUGUUAUUUGUGAUGUUUGCAGAUCUCCAGAUUCAGAAGAAGGAAAUGAAAUGGUAUUCUGUGAUGCUUGCAAUAUAUGUGUUCAUCAGGCAUGUUAUGGAAUUACAAAAAUUCCUGAAGGUAGUUGGGUUUGUCGUACAUGUGCCUUAGGAAUUAGACCCUCCUGCAUUUUAUGUCCAAAUAGAGGAGGAGCUAUGAAAAGUACAAGGAGUGGUCAAAAGUGGACUCAUGUGAGUUGUGCUCUUUGGAUUCCUGAAGUUGCAAUAGAAAAUGUUGAUAAAAUGGAGCCAAUAACAAAAAUAGCAGAAAUACCAGCGAGUAGAUGGUCUUUAGUUUGUUCUUUGUGUCGAGAAAAAAUUGGAGCAUGUAUUCAGUGUUCAGUUAAAACAUGUAAAACAGCUUAUCAUGUAACAUGUGCCUUUGAACAUGGACUUGCAAUGAAAGCUAUCAUUGAUGGAGAAGAAGAAGAAGAUGAUGUUGAUUUAAAAUCAUAUUGUUCAAAACAUACCAAAGAGAAAAAGGGUCUUCAUUAUGAUGAUGCAAAGAGUUCAGUAGAUAGGAAGAGCAAUAAAAGAGAAUUAGAAAUGUCAAGUGAAGAAAAAGCCAAUGCUAGAAUGGCAAAGAUGCAAAAAAUGGAGGCAGAAUUCUAUAAAUAUGUUAAUAUUAAUGAAGUUGCUCAAGCUUUGAAAUUAAGUACAACAGUUGUUGAUUUUGUUUAUCAGUAUUGGAAAUUGAAAAGAAGGGCCAAUUUUAAUAAACCAUUAAUUAUGCCAAAAUCACAAACAGUAGAACCUGUGGAAGUUAAAGAAUAUGAUAGUAUUUAUGCAAGAAUGAAAAUGUUUGUUCACUUACGACAAGACUUAGAAAGGGUAAAUUUUAUGAUAAUUUAUUGUUAUUAUAGAUUAUUGAAACUAGUUAAGAUAUAAAACUUUAAAUAGCUUUCUAAUAAUCAUACAGUUUCAAAUUUCACUUACUAUAUAUUAAACCUUCAAACUAUCAAGAUAUUUUUUGUAGCACAAAUUACAAACAAGGAGCAUUGUGAUCACCUUCAAGAAAUAACUAUAUUUGUCAAAAGGAAUACAAAUUAAUGUUGAAUUGAAUGAUAAACAUUUAUGUAGCCAAGAAAACAUGUUUAUUUUUCAGUUUAAUUAAAGUACAAACAAUGCUAUUGUAUUGCCAAAAAAUUAUACCUAUACACUAUACAGUUAACAACAUGAAAAUACAUACUUCUUGUUCUUAAUUGCAUAUAUAUAUAUUAUAACUUUGUCAAAUUAGACAAAAACAUAAUAUAUGUAACAACAUUAAUAUAUGCACUGAAACAUCUACAUUGACUCAUGCACUCUCAAUAAGAAACAAUAACUUAAAAAGUCCAGAAAAAGCAGACAACAACCUCUUACAAUACUGCUGGCUGAGCACAAUAAGUCAAAACAUUUAUAGACUGUUUAAUAAUUAUUAAAAUAGAAUAGAUAUAACUUAUGAGUAAAGGUUUCUUCUUCCAAUAGUGAGACUACAUAAAUAAAGUGAAGAACUACACACUUUAUUCACCUAGGUAAAUAAAGUGGAUUGUUUUAAUCUUGGGUUCUGUUUAUUAUGGAUAUUUAAGAAAGACGUGAUAAAGAUCACUAGUCUCACUAUUGGAAGAAUAAACCUUUACUCAAAGUCAAAACAUUAUUAGUAUCUUUUACUAAGUGGGCUCACCAGAAAAAAAUUUUUGAGAAAUUAUAUUUCCAUAAAGUACUCAAAUUAAAUCACCAUAAACUGUAUGCUUAAGCUCAACAUAUUUAACAAAAGUUAUAUUUUUCAGAAUAUUAACUGCACAAUUAAUAGAAUAAAUAACUAAAAUAAGACGUGGUGGGUACAAAGUAUCAUCCCUUGGUAAUAUGAAGAUUAAGAGUUUUUAGUAAUUGUCUAUUACUAAACACACACUUAAAUAUUUAUAAUUUAGUAAUGGACAGCACGCUAAUCGUUUAUUACAAAAACUUUUAACAUAUAAGCGUUAAUUUAACGCUUAUAUGUUAAAAGUUUUUGCACUUAAAUAUUAUAACAAGCAUUAUCUUAUGUAACAAGAACUAUAUUAUUUAACCAGAUAUGUUUUUCUGUAAUUUUUAGUUUUUGAAAAUAUUAUUUACUGUUUUAUGGUUGCAGAGUUAGAAUAUAAUGACUAAAAUAAACUGUAUAACGAUUUAAUGUACUGUUUUUAACUAUUAAAUUGUCUUAGUCUAACCAUUCAAUAUUAUUCAUCAUCACUUCUGUUAAGUGUAAAAACAGAAAUGUUUAUUAACUUUGUAUUGUGAUGGAAAGACAAAGCUAAAAGUUAAAUAUUUUAUCUUUGUUUUAUGUUUAUUGAUAUGUACAAUAAAUGAAUUUCUGCUUGAGAAGUUGUAUCACAGCUUAAAAAACACUUAUUUCUCUAUUUACAUGCAUUAGAAAUAUUAACCUACUAUUGUAUGUUGUAAUAUAUAAAUAUCUAAAUUUUGUUUAGAGAUAAUUAUAAUAAUUUGAUUAGAAAUGCUAAGAAAAUAAGUGAAU